AUGCAGCUUUUUUCGUGUUUGGCUCUCCUGCUGGCGGCUUAUGCCAGCCAGGGUUUCGGAAUAGUUGGAGACGACUUGGUCAACAGUUUGGGAUACGACCCUCAGGUUGUCUCGUUCUUGCAGACCGGUGCCGAGGAGUUGGAGGGAGACUUUGAUUUGGAAGCUGUAGAGCUUGAUGAACAAGGUGAGGAAUGGGGAAACCAAGGCGAUGAAGAGGAGGAGCCAUCAUUCUUCGAGGAGGGUGAAGCCCUCGAUGAGGAAGCUGAAUUGGAUGAAGAGCUCGAUGGUGAACAGGGUGAACAAGCCGAGGAAUGGCAGCAGCAAGGCGGUGAAGAGGAACAGGCUGUCCUUCAAGAAGAUAAUGAAGGAGAAGAGCAGGAAGAAUCAUUCCUCCAAAAUGAGCCAAAGCCAGCCGAAGAACCUCACCAUGAGGAACAAGGCGGUGAACACAAGGAGGAACCAAAGGAGGCAGCCCAUGAAGAGCAUGCCAAAGAAGGCGACCAUAAGCCUGAAGAAGGCAAGAAUGAGGAACCUGCAAAGGACGCUGACCACAAGGCCGAGGGUCAAGAAGCCAAGGAGCCUGCCGCCGCUGAACAUGCAGAGGUUGGUCAUGAUGCUGCUCAGGGUGGAGAGCAAAAGGUUGAAGAACCCAAACAUGAAGAGAAGCCAGCUGAGGAAGCCCACCACGAAGAGCAGACUGGUGAGCACAAAGCUGAUGGAGCUCAGACAGAAGUUGAACAACCCGCCAAGACUGAUAAACCAGCUGAAGAACCUCAUCAUGAGGAACCUGUUUCUGAACACAAGGAGGCAGCCCAUGAAGAACAUGCAAAGGAAGCUGAGCACAAGGCCGAAGAGGCCAAACCAGAAGCUCCACACACCGAAGAAAAGGUCGUCAGGGAGCAUACUCAAGGAGGACACGGUGGCCAGAGCUUCUUGGAGUUGGAGGGAGACGCUGAUGACCUUGAUGUUGAUGAAGUUGCAGAGACCAAACCUGACUGGGAACAGCCUGCUGGAGAGAAGGCCGAUGAGCUAGUCAGUGCCUUUGAAAAGGACGCUGUUACUGAGGAUGACACAGACAAGGAGAGAGAAGCUGACGAGAAGAAUGCCGAGAGCGAACUCGAGUCUGAGGACAUUGACGACAUUGCCGAGGCCUGUUGGGGGUGCAGAUUCUGGCUAAUCUUCUUGGGAUGCACACUCGUCUUUGCCAUUAUCAUCAAGCUCUUUUACAUUGAGCAGUUCUUGAGCUUCAAGGCCCAAGUGUUCAAGAAGCUGGAAGAGAUGAACAAGUCCCUCCAAGCUCGUUUUUCCAAGGCCUUUUCCAAGAAGGAGGAAAGACUACUCGAUGAUACCGAAGAAGCUACAGCCAUUGCAGUGUAA